CUCCUCUCAUGGCCUCCGCCGCCCAGCUCAUCCACCCCCGCCCACCGCCUCUAUAAAAACUGUCUCCGCCUUACCUCGUCCGGCCAGGCAAGAGAACCAGCAGCGCAGUUCGAUUGAGCACACGACUCGAUCAAGCAACAUCUCCGAUUCAGCUCGUCGGCAAAGGAUGGCGCACAUGCGCGUGACGCACCGCGACGAGGAGGGCAGGAAGGUGGUGGAGAACGUGCCGGUCCCGGAGACGCGCCGCCCGGACACGGCGAGGCACCUGGAGCGCAAGCUGGAGGAGCAGGGCCUUCACCGCCUGGAGCGCCACCCGGCCAACGCGCCCCGGGGGGUCGGGAUCGGCGCCCCGCCGCCCAAGUCCGGGCGCGGCGGCAAGUACACCUGGGACGGCCCCGGCGGCCUCGUCGAGGACGAGCUCGACCCGGCGCCGCCCGCCAUCGACCCCGACGACCCCAACUACGAGGAGGAUGAGGAUGGCGCGGCCAGGGAGGCGGUCGUCGGGGAGGUGGAGGUCGCCAAGGUGGCCGGGGAGAGGGGCGGCGUCGCCAGGGUCGACGUCGCGCCGCCCCUGCUCCAGGAGCAGCAACAGCAGGCCAGUAGCUAGGCUUUGGUUGCUUUUCUGAGUGCUCAGCUAGCCCAGCCUUGUGGUGUGGAUUUGCUCCCUGUUGAGCUUUGGAUGUGAUCGCGUGGACUGUGUUUUGGUG